AUGGCGGGGGGUGCACUUCUGCUCGAGAACAGCCUGGAAGGCACACAGGUUUUGGCCCUUCGGUCCUUGCAUGCAGCACUUAGUCCAAUGAAUACGACUGCAUAUGGUGAUUUUCUCAAGGAGUUGGAUGACAAAUUUCCGGGCCUGAGGAAUGUGCUGACUUUCAGAGAUGUGAUCGACUUCAUUCGAACUGGUCUUAAGGUUCAUGCCGACAAGCGAAUUUUUCUAUCUUGGUUUUUUGAUGGAGGCCUUCGAGCUGCAUCGUCCUGGAUUCAUGAAGCUUUCUCGGCCUAUGUUCGACAUAUCAAAGGUAACCGAGGUGGCCUGAUGUUUCCUGUACUUACAGUAGCAACGACCCGAUUUUCUGGGGCCACAAUGCGUUACACAUCAACGGAGAAGGCAACAAGUAUUUUUAUACCUAUUAGGCCUUUGAAUGAGGAGGAGGUGGUAAAUGUAACGACAAUCUUCCUUUCAAGACUAGGAAAUACUCUCGGCAUGGAGAGACCAUUUGAGUUGAAGGACAGACUAAGGAAUCUGAUAAAGUUAGCAGGAGGUAAUCCUAGGAUGCUUGAUCACCUUUUGAGAGGGUUGAUGCCCGAGCACCCUCAUCUCGAUGCUGCGAAGUUCUAUGAGAAGGUGAAUCAAGAUCUCACCCAAACCGAUCUCCGUGAUACAAUAAGGAACCCGGAAAUAGCUCACAGAUUUAAGCACCCACAAUAG